GCCAUCAACAACUUGCCAAGCACCAAACGCAAAAAUCGUCAAUUUCAUUACCACCAAAGGAAUGAACAGUAUUCAAAGUCCAAAUGAAAUAAAAGGAUUGGGCAUACAAAAUUUACCAAAAGAAAUCCUAAUUAUAAUCUUUUCUUUUCUAGAACCGCGCUCCUUAUUAUCGAUUCAAUGCACUUGUAAGUUUUGGAACAGAUUGCUGUCUGAUGAUUUAAGCUGGCGUACUGCAUUUUUCCAUCAUUUCGUUGCAAACGAGUUUCAUGAAUUCAGUCCCCUAGGCAAUGGAACCUGGAGACAGGAGUAUCUACUAAGAUCAGCUAUUACCAGAGCAUAUGAGCGUGGAAAAGGUCAGACUGUUCAAUAUGAUUGUCGUGUCGGGCAAUUGACUGAUUUGUAUUACGAUUUCCUAAGUGGGCGUUUAUUUGCUGGUAACCGGCUUACGGGAUCUAUAUCAAUCUCAGAUCCAAAUACUGGAAAAGUUGAGAGGUCCGUGUUGCAUGCUAGCUCAGAUGGAUCCCUUAUCCAUACGCUUACUGUUAUGAGAUUACAUAAACAAAUUUUCGGAUUUGGUUUCGUGGAUGGUCGUGUUGGCGCCAUCAUAAUGACCCGACAAGCGGAAAGUGGGCGUAAGUUCCGAUAUUUUAUGGAUUCUCAUAAUGAUGCUAUAACUUGUAUGGAUGUCUAUCCUGGCGACCUUCCUCCGAUAGGGGAGAUAGGUAUGAUCACCGGAGCUGACGACGGAAGCGUAAAUUGUUGGGAUGUUCGGACUGGUGUCUGUUUACGAAGCUUUAGAUUUUCUACUUCUCAGAUACUUUCAGUUUGUUACCGACCACGGUUCAAAUUUUUAAUCAUAGAUACUUUCAAUUACGCCACUGGUACCUAUAUGUUAUAUGUUGUGAAUGGACCACUACAGUCGGUAAAAGUACAUCCAAUUUUGUUUGCCUCUAGAAAACGGGUCUUAAGUGAUGACGAAGAGCCUCCCUGUUUGUUAGCAGUUGAUGAACCUGCAAAUUUUGUAUUUGUUUCUUUGGGAGCACCAAAGAAUUCCUUAUUAAGAUUCUCUUUUAAUAAAGUCACAAGUUUCGAUUUUGAUCCUUCCCACGUUGAAUCUUUGGUAAUCCACCUUCAAGGAAACCCCGUGUGCUUGUGUUUGGAUACGAAUGAAAGAGUUAUUAAUAAGCCAAUUGUUGGAAAUAAUGCUCGUCUAUUAUCUGUUGGUGAUGACAACGGGAAUGUGUAUAUAGUUAAUAGUCGUUUUAAAGAGUUCAGGCAUCCUGUAUUAAAGACGAUUCCUGUAUUUCUUGGUUCGCCUAUUUCCGACCUUUAUAUCAAUGAAGCUGUUAUAGUGGUUGGAUCCUCUACGGGAUUCAGUGCGAUUUAUGACGUUAUCUCAGGAAAUCUAUUAAGAAACCUGUCUGGAGCUAGAAAUCCAGCAAGGCGUGAUGCAGUACGAUGCAUAGUAUUGGAUUCCAACCCCAUGAGUCUGAAAGGCGUUUUAAGUCUAGGUAAGCAUGUGAAAGCGUGGUCAUAUGUAGUUCCUAAAGUACAUAUGAACAAAAGAUCUCGCAUAGUCGCUCCACCCAAGCCAAUGACUACGUGGGAUAGUCCUUCAAGAGUUGGAGAGUAUACGAAGAAUGAAGUUGAAAGAGAAAUCAUGCUAGGACUAAAUCAGAUUGCAGAAGAAAGACAGGAGAAGCAAGAAAAGUUGGAAUUACAACGCAAAUUAGCACGACAUUUGAAUGAAGGUUUAGCUGAUCUUUCCGAAGAGGAGUUGCUGGCUUAUGCUACUAUGCUAUCAGAAGAAGAAGAGAUGAGACGGUUACGAGAGUCAGCUGCUGAGCAGGAUUUGUUAAGAGAAACUGCUCCUCAACCGGAAACCCCCAUACCUUCGAGCUCAGAAGCUGGUCCUUCUGAAGCUAUGACUCCUGAUGUAGGUAUCACCGAAUUAACAGAAGAGGAACAAAUUGAGCUUGCGAUGAGGCUUUCGCUUGAAGGUAACUAGUUAGAACGCUGUAAGUUUUCUUUAUUAUUCUCUUAUUUAGUCUCUGUAUAUUAAAGUUGAGUAGAUAUAGAAGAAAGACAAAAUAAAGGGCACAAAGGAAAAGGGUUUUUUAUUUAAAAUUUUAUUUAUGGGUUUCAUUUUUGAAAGUUACCGAUUGUGGUAAUCAUUAAAUAACUUCUGUGAUCGUGGAUUAUCAACUAUGAACUAAGCGAGCAGUUUUUUUAAAAGAUGAAGUGUUAAUAAAGAGAAUGCAACUGGAAACUUAAUUAGAUAAUUGUAGAUAAUAACUAACAAAAUAUAAAAAAAGAACGACUUCC